UUGAUGACCUAGUCUGAUUACAGCAUCCUUGACAGCUUUAAAGGAAUUUGCUCCGGGGAAGGAGACAGCUGCUCCUCUGAUGAAGGAUUUUUCUGAGCAGGCCUCCCAAGCUAGACAUGUCAGUAUGAGAUGCUGCCUACGUUUUUCAUCGUGACCAACAGGUUGUUAAGCUGCAGUCAAAAGCACUUAGUAAGAAUGGAUCUGUCCCUGUUAUGAGAUUUGAAGUCCUGACAUCUUCAUCCACUGGAACCUGAGUGCCCAGGAAUAAGAAGUUACACAAGACCUUCUUAUGUGCCUUUCUGGAUGACACUAAUAAAAAUAAAUGAGACAAUUCACAUGGAGAAAAUCAAAGCUAGAUAAAGACUAGAGUUUGACUUCCCUCUUCCAACCUCCGUCAGUUUUGCUGGCUGAAGUAGGCAGGACACACCAAAGAGGGGAUUUUGAGAGCAUUUCACAAGCCCUGCAGCUGUGAGCCGGUUGCAGCAUGAGGAAAAGCCCUUCGUCACCCCAAUGUACAGGAAAGAGAAGCUCCCAUCUGCUCGGUGGCACUGCCUCCUCAGUCCUCACUGCAGAGGAAUCUCCAGACGCUUUCCCCUGGUCCUUUUCAUUUUCUUGAGCAAGUGGCUUCCCAACCGAAGCUUCGUGUGGGAGGCUUCAUGUUGGCAUCCAGAGUACAUGUCCCAAAUAUGUCCAGCCCCACCUUCUGAUCCUAGUGCAGAGGAGCUGCCGACAGAUGACAGUAGCUGUCCUCCUUCAAUACUGAGGAAAAGGCCACCUGUGGACCAAGCUGUGGGUGAAAAACGGAAAGCAGAGAGAAGGGUUCGAUUUCGUGAGCCAGAAGUUACUGAACAUGCCAUUUCCUGCUAUGACUACGUAGUGGUAGAUGACAGGUCAUCAUCUGGAUUGCCUGUGCUCCUGUGGCUCUCAUUUUGUGCAGUGCUGAUCCUUGCUGCGAGUCUCUACUACACCAGCAUGAAGCAAGAUGUCAAAGUCCUGGAGGAAUUUCAAUCCCGACUUGUUAUCUUCUUUCUUCAGAUAAGACACAUUGCUCAGAAAUGCUGGACUUGGUUUAUGAGGCAGUAGCAAUGUCCUUCAGCCUGACAGACAUCUCAGAACACUGCUAACCAGCACCUGGUAGUGCAAAACUUCCAGUCUACUCUGGCCACAUGCAGAGAACACUUGAACAUCCACCUCAAAGAGGAAGAAAACCACCCUUGUGCACUGUCCAGCAGCCACUUGCUCUCCUUUUUUUUUUUUUCCUUAUUUGUUUUUUUCACAUUAGUGGGUGGUCAUACUAGCACCUUGAGAUCCCACCAAACACAUGCUCCCUCAUCCUGAACAGCAAACAAGUGUCUGAAUUUUGUCCCCCAAAGAGCUUAUAAACUGCUGAUAUGAGGAGCAGAAGUAGAGAGAGAAAUACAUUGAUCCGUGCAAGCAGCAGCAAGCUCUGAAUAAAAGUCUCCCUGAGUCUCAGGUCAAGGCUUUAAAUCCCAAACUAUCUUUCUCCUCAAGUCUCCUAAGAGCUAUUCUGCAAAAGUUAAAAUAAAGUUGAGCUAUUGCACAAACACUGCUCUGAUGGCCAAAGGCUUGUCAAGCUGCUAUAUUUAUGCACCUGGAAUUAUUAUUAGUAAAAUUCCAGCAAAUGGCUUUCUUGUUUCCCUUUCUGCAUUUUUUUCCUCCAUGGGCAAAAGCUGUUUCUUAAUGUUUCACUUGACUCCCAGGUGUGAAAAGGAACAUGAAAACUCAUUUAAACAGUAACUAGUUUAUUUGCCUAACAUAAUAAAUAGCAGCGUUGGAUCCCAGGCUAAUUACCAAAUCAGUAGUUUAAUCCUCUGGGUUUGAUUCAGUCCAUAAACCCCACAAGCUGAGCUUACAAGACUUAUGAUAGUGCUUGUAUUCAGUCAGUGGUUAUGCUUUUAUGCUUGGGUGUUAGAGGCCUUAUAUAAUGGUAAUAUGGACUGUUUACAAAGGCAUGGGAUGCAAAGCCCCCUUAUCCCUCCAUUGUCUCACCAUAGCAUGUACCUCUCUGAAGGGAAUCUUUUUAAAGGAGAUCAUGCAAUGAAUGUGGAAUGGUGCUCUGUGUGUCUGAGAGGAGAACAAGCUUCAGCUGUGUUUUCUUACUAGAUAAAACCAGCGUGACCAGCUUUUUAGGCUUUAGAUUCUUGUCAAGUAGCACCUGAUGUGUACUUGGGAUUAUUUGGUAUAAGAUUGACAUCAGAACCUGUAUGAGCUGAAGAGAAGGAAAAAGAAAAAAAAAAAAGAAAGAGAAAGAAAGCACCUGAGAGAAGAUGGAAAAGAUGCCUGCAAGACCUUGCCCUGAAUUCCUCUGCCAUUGCAACCCACCAAAAAAAAAAAAAAAAUGGUGCUUUAUUUUUAAUUGAUUUAUUUUUAAAAAAGAGGGCCAUACCUCUCUCUCCCAACAACCUUUUUCCAAGCAACCCAGAGUUUUUAACCAGACAGAGGAUAAACAGAAACACGAUACGCAGCCUUCUCUCAAGUGGAGAGUGGGCAACAACUUGACUGAGAACAAGUCAAAAUAAUUUCAGUCCAAGACAGAAACAAGUGACUUCAGUGGCUGUUGUCAUGCUCCUCCUCAGACGUCAAAGGCCACAGCAAUUAUGUUCGACAUGUUGCCGGUCUGGGAAGCGGAGGUUGCUGCAGGAAGAGUGUUUAGCUCAGGGGCUCUUUGUGCAAACUGCUCAGGUACCCCAGCUCAGAGGGUAAGUUUCACCACUGCUUCCCUUCCCUCUCCCCUGUCUCAGUCCUGCUCUUUAGGUAAUAAAGAAGAAAGGUUUUAAA